CACACACAAACACACACACACAGACACACACACACACAUAUAGGUAUAAAAUGAUAUACUAAUCACUAUUCAUAGAUUUAUUUUCCGUUGCAGGCGACACCAUGAAGAUGCAUCCAAAGGUCUUGCUGACGUACCUUACCACUUCCACUAUCCUCCACUUUCAUGGUGUCAGCUCUUACAACGCAAAGACGGUUGACAUCACGGAGAUCAUCGUUCCCGAGCAUCCCCGAAGUGGAGAUGAUGUCACCCUCACCUGUCGCUUCCGGUUGGACGGCCACGGACAUCGCCUAUAUACGGUUAACUGGUGGCGCGGCAAAGACCAGUUCUACAGUUACAAGGGGAAUAAUCCCGACCCUAAGCAGGCGUAUCACUUUAAUGGGAUUAAUGUUGCGAAGGAGGAAUCAACAGAUCAGUCUGUGGUGCUCAAGAACGUCACAGAAGCCACUUCAGGGGAGUAUAAGUGUGAGGUGAUAGGAGAGGGUCCCUCCUUUCGAACAGCUGUCAGGGCCAAGCAGAUGAAUGUCAUAGUCCCGCCCCAACACGUCGAGAUCAUGUCCUGGACGAACCCUGCAUUGUACAGGAAAGAGGAGUUGGUGCAACUGAACUGCACCUCCCGGGGAUCGAAGCCGAGGGCAGUGCUCACUUGGGAGGUCAAUGGCCGGCAGGUGAGACCGCAAGACGUGCAGCGUUUCGACGACCGAACGGACCACCUCGGGCGCGUCAUCUCUGUGGCGGGGCUUCGCUGGAGGGCCCCCGAGUAUUUCCAGGACUACGAAGCCAAGGUGUCCUGCGUGGCUUCCGUCGGUGGCUUCCACACGAAGGCUUCCAAAAAGAUCUAUCUCGAUCCGGCAUCGAGCGCCGCCUUUAAUCACCAGUACGCUUCAGCAGGAUGCCAACUUUCUAAUGCUUGGACGAUUCUCAGCCUUGGUUCUUUACUGCUGGCAAGAUGCUAAGGGAAAAGAAAGACAAGAAACAGAAGGAAGAGAAAGAAAAUGGAAGAAGAGAAGAAAAUAUUGAAAGGAAAUGGCAGAAAAGUAGAAAGAAUGGGAGGAAAAUGGAAGAAAAGGAAAUAGAUAUAAGGAAAAGAGGAAAUGAAAAGAAAAAAUGAAUUGAAAAUGGAGAAAAGGAAGGAAAAGAUGAACAAAAUGAAAAAGAAUGAAAGAGAAGAAAAUGAGAAAGAAUUGAAGGUAAUGGGACUAAAAGUUCUACACAACUGAAACAAAAACAAACAAACAAACAAAAAACACAUACAUAAGAACAAAAUGAAAGAAAGAAGUGGAAGAAAAAAAAGAGUAAAGAGAGAGAAAGUAAGAAGGAAUGAAGUAAUGAAAAAGUCUAAAAGUGAAGAAGUAGAAAACGUUUGAAAGUUAAGAAGCAGUGGUGAUAUGAGAGGGGCGAAAGGCAAAAAAAAAAAAAAAAA